GGUUGCUACGCCGACAUCAUCUCACUCUCAUUUGUUGCGUGUUGUCUUCUUGUUAUUUCUUUCUAUUAAUUUGUAUUAGCAAUUCUAUACAAGAAGUCAUAUAUAAGUACGUGCAUGUAUGUAUGCACGAGUAUGUGUACCAUCUGUCUAUGCGCCUAUGAAACCAUACGAAACAAUUUUUUUUGUAGCGACAUCUGUGAGCAUGAAAGUGAAAAGUGUGAGAAUAGAAAUUAAAACUUAGUAUUUAUAAUCCAAUAUUCUGGUAAAUUUGAUAAAGUUAGUAAGAAAGUGUAAAAAGUGUAGGCAUAUGUAUUGUUUAUACAAAUCACAUACUAAAAUAUGUAAAAAUAAAUGCAUAUAAACAAACAAACAUACAACAGCAUCAAUAACACUAUCAACCACUACUUAACUAAGCCGGCGAACGGGAUAUCGGCAACAACAGCAAUAUCGUAUAAAAAAUAAUCACAGUGACGCUUCGUCCAAGCCAUCGAAAAUGGAGAAAUCAAACCUGACUAAGCAGAAUCAAACGAGCGUAUAUAAGGAGACAACCAAGCCAAAGAAGCCCAAACGGCGUGAUAAAAGCGACCUAGGACCAGAUUUUGAAGCCCCCGAUGGUGGUUGGGGCUGGGUGGUCUGCGUCACAGCGGGCCUCAACAAUUUCUUUAUGUUUCCCGCACUGCAGCAAUAUGGUCUCAUCUACAGAGGGCGCAUGAAAGCCCUAGGAUUCGAUGCCAAAGAGACAACGACCAUUGUCAAUGUGGUCAUGGCCAUAUCCUCACUAGUGGGUAUUGUCAAUGGCGCCACGUUUCGUCGCUUCACAUUUAGGCAGGUGGCGCUGACGGGAACCACUCUUGGUUUCAUUGGGAUCUUCGUGUCAGCCUUUUGCACUACUUUUUGGCAGUACAUUGUCUUCCUGUCCUGCGUUUAUGGCAUAGGUCUAGGCUUGGCCAUGGCCGCCACCUCAUUGGCGGUCAACACGUACUUUAAGCUGCGUCGACGACGCGCCACAGGCUUCUCCUGGACCAUCACCGGACUUGGUCCCAUUAUCUUUCCGCACGUGUCGACGCUGCUCUUGGGCUACUAUGGCGCCCAGGGCAGCAUUCUCAUUUAUGCGGGCUUAUCACUAAAUGCUGUGCUGUGCGCCCUUACAUUGCAGCCUGUGUUGAGGCAUGUGCGUAAGCCGAAAACUCAAGUGUCUGAGGAUAAUGUCAUUAAGGAGAAGGAGGCCAACGGCAAUUUGCUGGCGACCAGCAAUAAUGGUGAACAUCUUGUGAGCGAUUAUGAGUGCAAGUAUUGUCAGUGGCAGAAGCGUGGCAAGCGUGGACUUUUCUCCUCCCAGUACCUCUUCAACGAUGACGAUCCCGAGCGUCCUGGCUAUGAGAUCACAGAGCCCGGAACACCCAUGCUGGCUCGCGCCAAUGAUGGUUGGUUUGGUUCUAAAUUGUCGCUGAGCUCAGAGCUGGGAGCACGUCAGCGUAAUAAGCAGGCACUUCUUCAGCGCAGUCGCGAUAAUCUGCAAAUGGGUUCGGGGGCUAUACAAGAUGAGUCUAACCUGAACGCCUCAUCGCCCCUAUACAAGCCGAACUACUUCAAUCGCGAGCGUGAGGACCAUGAUCGUUAUGCCAGUAAGACGAGCGUCUACUCAAAACCAUUUGGCGAAGAGUUGCUACAAUGCUGCACAUGUGCGGAGGACAAGGCGUUGCUCCAAAAGUCCGCAAAGUUGCGCCAACUGGAGCUCGAAGCACUAGAAGCGGCCGCAGUAGCUGAGGAAGAAGCCAAGAAAAAGAUGAACUUUCGCCAGAAGGUCACAAAGUUCUUCGAUCUAGACCUCCUGCGUGAUUUCACGUUUGUGAAUUUGGCCGUUGGAAUGAGCAUUAUGAUGUUCGGCGAGAUGAACUUCUCCGUUUUAACGCCAUUUAUAUUAAAUAGCUACGGGUACACAGACAAGCAAAUCUCAUUGGCCAUGUCACUCUUAGCGGGCAUGGAUAUUUGUGUGCGCUUCCUUUCGCCAUUCGCAUUAGAGAAGGUGAAGCUGGAUAAUCGGGUACUGUUUGCCUUCGGCAUUUUGUGCAUUGCCUUCGCUCGACUGGUGGUGACGAUGACCACAUCGUUUGAGGUCACCAUCGCCGCAUUCUUGGUCAUCGGUUUCGGAAAGGGAUUCCGCACCAUUUUCUCGCCGCUCAUCAUACCAAGCUACGUGCCUUUGCGGCGCCUGCCGGCGGCAUCGGGCUUGCAACUUAUUUUCAACACUGUAUUUUCAUUUGCCAUGGGUCCCAUAUUGGGCAUCAUCACCGACGCGCACAGUUAUUCAGCAACGAUUCACGUCAUCAAUGGGCUCACAGCGGUGGCACUCCUGUUGUGGCUGCUCGAGUCCAUUGUACGUUGGGUCCUGAACAAACCAUCACAAGGUAUUGAAGACAUAUAGAUAUGGAAACCACACUGCUUGAAACUGAGCAACUUAAGUAGGCAUGGUCAAGUCAAGUCUAGACGCCCUAGACUCAGAAGGGUUGUGCUUAUAGUCUCAAUUGUUAGCAUAGGACCAAUAUCAUUGUUUAGACAAUUAAGUAGUACGUAACACCUAGAGUUUAUAAAUCACCAUACUAUAUGUUGCAUUGAAUAUGCAAGUAUUUAAUCUUUUUUUUUGUUUGUCUGUAAUUAUCAAUUUUUUUUGUGAGGCGACAAUAAAAUAUUCAUAGA